AUGUCUAAAGUUGGCUACUACGAUAGUCUCAUGAUCGAGGCACUAGCCCGACCACUGAGAGUGCCCAAUGCUAACACUUCAUUGGUGAUAAAAGCGCUAAAUCACAUCACAGCAUGCCCAUUCCACCCUUCCAUCAACUUGGCGUUGUGCAAUAUUCUACGCAAUUUGAUAGUGGAAGUACGUUCCAAGUCCAAUGCCGUGGACCAAUACCAGCACAUUAUCCAGGUCAUGAAAGUUUGGUUGUCAUUUCCAUCACAUCCUACCCAAGUGGUUUUCAAUUCUCAUCUUCCGGGAAACCAAUUUUUAUUUCGAUGUCUAACGAGCGUUACCAAGUAUCUAGCACCGAUAGUUGAUACCAAGGAUACGAAACUACGCAACAAAGUCAACCAUUGUCUUACAACAGUAGGCAUUUUCCAACAUUUUUACCUUGACAUUGGCGAUAACGAAGACACCACUGGGUUCAUCGAGUGUUUUUUUGAAAUGCAAAAAAGCUCAAAAGAACCAAACGAAAGUUUCAACGAGUUUGUCAUGUGGCUCCAUGACCAGGGAACAUCCGAGUACAUUGACCUUAGUCGCCAGCUCUUCUCCAGGUUCUAUACCGACGAAAACGAUCCUAUGCUCGACGCUACCUACGGGUACAUUUUUUGA